AUGCCCCCGUCCUUGCAUGUACAACGGUCGUGCGAACGUGUUUACCAGAACGACGGCGACCAACCAAGGCUAACGGGUUUCUGCGACUGGAAGGGCUGCCAUCGCAACGUCCUGGGGGGAUGGAACGAGGUCAAGGAUCGCUUCGCCACGCUCCCGGAGUUCAGCGACCGGACGAUGUGGACGGCCAUCGUUGAGCGCAACAUCUCCAUGCCAGGAGUGCUGGUAUUCUCCAAGACCUACUGCUCCUUUUGCGCGAAGCUCAAGGCGCUCCUGCGCGAACUCCGCAUCCCCUUCCGCACUGAAGAGCUAGACAAGACGCAAGGGGGUGCCGCGAUGCAGCUGGUGCUUGCGUCGAGGCCAACAUCGCGCUGCCUUACCGUGCCGCAGCUCUUCGCCGGAGGAAACUUCAUCGGGGGUUGCUCCGAUGCCCUGGUGCUCCACGCCCAGGGGAAGCUGGAACCCCUCUUAAGAGCGGCCGCCGGGGAGGCGUUGCAGGGCGGGGAGGCAGCGCUAGCGCCCCCUGUCGGGUCGGUGGCUGUGGAGGCUGCGGAACGGCGGAGAGGCAAGAAGAUGGGCUGCGUCGAGAAGGCGGGGGAACCUCCGGUGAAUAGAGGAGACCGACCCCCGUUGAAUCGGUCUCUCUCGGCAUGAUGAUGAUGAUGAUGAUGAGUUGGGCGUCGUCGAUACUUCAAGCACACGUAUCGUGAACUUGUUGUGUUAUCUAAUUUGUUUUUUCUUGUUGGCGGGCGAGCAGAGGCGGCGGUAUGUGCGCGCUAUUUAUUGUCUUUUUGUAUGAACCUUGCGUUCUUUAUUCUUUGUUCGUUCUCGUUUUGGCAGGGGCAGGCAGUCCGGCAAGCGGGCGGCAGUGUGUGUCAGUGUUCUCGCGUGUGGCUACCAGUGCGGUUGUUUGUGACAUUGCUGGUUAUGUUGUUGCUGUCUUUUGUCGGUGUCGCAGAACCCGUCUGUUAGUCUCGAUCGAGGCCUUACUUGCCGUUGGCGCUGUAGAAAUUUUUGCUCUGGGCCCGUCUCCGUUUGUGCCUAAACAUGGCAAUGUUCUUGUCUUGCUUAUAUUUUUGAAGGGGGGCUCCCUCGCCAAGUUCAAGUGAUGUGGUUCCUUCGGUUCAGCUCUCGAUUCUUGUUGACAUAGGGAUAGAGCCUGUUUCGUUGUAUGCCCUACAAAAAGAAAUCAAGAAACGAUAAGGAGGCGCGUUGGUACCGAAAAUGAUGUUAUCGGGACCCCCCUUGGUUCGUCGGUUGCACGGCUGA